GCCGCAGAAGCCCGAUCCUUGACCAACGGGAAGGCGGGGGUUGCGGCGGCGCCGGUGAGUGACCCGCGGCCCGACCCAGUCCCCACCCUCCGCGACCCUCACUCUUCCUGGAGUCCCCCACAGCCUCCGUUGUCCCCUCCUAAUCCGGGACCCCCACUACCCCCAGAGCUGCCCUUCAUUCCUGGCAAUCCCCGGAGCCCCCCACAAUCCCCGCAGACCCUGAUCCCUAGUAUUUGAUCGUCCCAGGUUCUCCGCUGUCCUAGAAGCCCACAUCUCACGGUUGUUCUUGCACGUUCCCUCUGAGGACCCCUUCUCGUAGCGGUCCUACAGACGUCCCAUUGCCCGGGAUCCCCCAGAGCGCUCCUCUGCUCCCGAUCCCCCCCUUCUUGCUGCAUCUCGUCUUCAGCAUCUCCUUACCCCCGUUACCCCAUGCUGCUUCGACCCCCGAGACACCCCCGUUCUCCUUCCAUUUCCCAUUCUCCCAUGCCCCCGUUCUCCUCUAACUCCUGCAGACACCCCCUCUUCUUCCGCUUUUCCCUCCACCCCUCCAGACCCUCCCCCGAUUGCCAUCAACUCCUCGGCGUGGCACUUUGCGCCGCGCGAGGCGCAGGACGAGCGCUCGGCCGGCGUCAGCUAUUCUUAGGCACUCGGACUGCCCCCCGCGGCCCGCCGCCCCCGUCCGCCCUCCGCCCCCACCCCUGGCCCCGGGGACACGGGAGUCGGUGUCGGGGCGGCCGGGUGGGGCGGGCGGCGCGGGGACGCCGAGCCCCCGCCAGCGCCGUGCGCCCUGUGCCCGCAGCGCCGGCGCCCCCCAUGCGCCAGGCGGCCGGCCGGCGGCGUCGGGGGGCGCCAUGGCCUCGGCGGCGGCGGGCGAGACGGAAGAGACCACCCGGCUGCGCAAGCCGCGCUUCUCGUUCGAAGAGAACCAGAUCCUGAUCCGCGAGGUGCGCGCCCACUACCCGCAGCUCUACGGCGCGCAGAGCCGUCGGGUGAGCGUGGCCGAGCGGCGGCGUGUGUGGGACGGCAUCGCCGCCAAGAUCAACGGCAUCACCAGCUGGAAGCGCACCGGCCAGGAGGUGCAGAAGCGCUGGAACGACUUCAAGCGCCGCACCAAGGAGAAGCUCGCCCGCGUGCCGCACUCCACGCAGGGCGCCGGGCCCACCGCCGAGGACGCCUUCUCCGCCGAGGAGGAGACCAUUUUUGCCAUCCUGGGGCCCGGCGUGGCGGGGCCGGGAGCUGCUGCAGGGGCCGAGCAGCCCCCCGCGGCCGCCUCCUCGCAGCCGCCGGCCCCGAGCGCCUGCGCCCCGCGCUGUGUGUUAUCCGAGGACCGCAGGGAAGACCGACGGGCAGAUACACCAGCCCACAGCAAGGGGGGAUCCAGCAGCCCGGAGCCCUGGGCCCGGCCCUCCUGUACUCCCCAGGAAGGGGGCUGCCCGCCGCCCAAGGAGCGUGAGUCCUCGCCCCCUCCAGCCCUGCAGGCCGUCCAACUGCCCCGCCUGGCCUUGUCUCCACCGCCCCCAGCCCCUCCAGCGCCCCAGCCACCGCAGCAGGUGCAGGCGGCACCCUCCUCCCCCAGCCCCCCGCCCCCUCCGCUGCCCCCGCCCCCGCCCAACCCCUCGGCCCCAGACCCUUCCCUGGACUUCCUGCGGGCCCAGCAGGAGACUGCCAACGCCAUCCGGGAGCUGGCUGGCACCCUUCGGCAGGGACUGGCCAAACUGAGCGAGGCCCUCAGCGCCCUGCUGCCCCUUCUGCCUGGAACGCCAGUCGACCCGCUACCCCUACCUGUGCCCCUGCCACCGCCCCCACCUCCACCCCCCCGGCCCGUCCUGCCCCCACCCACCCCCAAGCUGGAGAUCACCCCCGAGCCCGUGUCUGUGGUGGCUGCUGUCGUGGACGGGAACGUGGUGGCUGCCAGGGGGGUGAUCAUCGCCCCUAGGAGCGAGGAUGGGGCCCCCCGACCUCCCCCAGCCCCACUGCCUCCCCACGACUCCCCGCCACACAAGAGGAGGAAAGGUUUCCCUACACGGAAGAGGCGGGGGCGAUGGAAAUCGCCGUGAAACCUGCUGUGGGGUUCCAGCUUGUCUGCGCUGCCGCCUGCGCCUCCUCGCCCCAGCUUAGCCCAGCGGAGGAGGGCCACGCCCCUUCCCCAGCCCGGCUGCACUCGGCUCCCUGCUGCGGGGCGCCAGCACCCCACUCCCCGUACUAGUUAGUGCCUGAUUCUCGGGGGGCCUCGUUGCUGGGCCCCCCAGCCCUUUCUCCAGUACAGCGCUGUCUGCCUGGCUGCUUCCCUGAACCCUGACUUCUAAGCCAUCAAUUUUACGUUAUUUAUUAUUGCCCUUUGUGGGUUGCAGAGGGAACCUCUGGGGGCUGCACACACCCCCUCCCUAACAACUCCUGGCCUUGACUUGAAGAGAAGUGACCUGUGGGGGCCUCCCCACCUCCCCAACCCAGACUUUGGAGGGGGAGGGGGUUGCCAGACAAAUCAGAAUAUGGAUGACAAAGAGGGUACAGCAGUCCUACUCUAGGGAGAGGGGGGCGGAGUUCUCACUGGGGAUGUAUGGGUUGGGCCCUCUGCCUCCCAUUGCUGUCUCUGACUUCCAGAGCUCAACUCCCUCCUGUCUCCCCAGUGAUGACGAGAUAUCAAUAAACUUAUUUUUAAUACAA